UCGCGUGACAUCAUAAUAAAAAAAGUUCGACUUGAAACUUGCAACUUUUCGCUUGCUAUUUCCGCGACUUUUCCUCAAUUUUCUAUUUACUUUGUGAUUUAGAAGUAUUAGAUUUUGGUGUUGUAAUGAUCUCGGGAGUUUCCUAUCCUUGCCAAUAUUUACCCCCACAUUUAAAUUCUUCAAUUGUCGUAUCACAUCGUGGCAGGCGUGACUUCUUAUAAAAAUGUGAAGCAGGAAUCAACUUAGGACUGAAAAUUUGUAAGCUUUCAUAAACUACUUUUAUUGACGGACUCAUGGAUACAUUUGAGAAAUCACCCCUUGUCUCAUAGUUUUUGAUUACCCGACAAAAAUCACUGUCUUGCUUCUUUCAUCUAGAUCUUAGAAGGAAGUAUUGUAAUCCGGAGAUACUGUACAAUCGCAUUGUUCCUGUUCCCUGAAAACUUAUCAGUCCAAUGCAAUCCUCUUUCAGUUUUCAAUCUUUAACUAUCCAUGCUUCUAAAUUUAUGUGCUUAUAACUAUGUUUAUCUUCUCAUUUUGCACUCAUUCUAUCUAAGACGCAGAACGUCAGAAUCUUGAGUGUUGACAACACACGGGCUUGUGGUGUUUCCUUAAGAUAACACGUGCCUGUUAUCAAAUCAACAAUCGGUGCAUUUAUAUCCUGAUAUAUUAUUGCCAUUUGUGGUUUUUAAGCGGAGCUGACUAAUGUUUGGUUACGCUGGAACAACUAGUCUAGGCUGGUCAACCAAUGGGCAAGUGUUUCUCGUGUGUCACAUCUCAACCUCAACCGGCUCAAUCUGAAAUUGUAGAAAGUGACCCUCUCGAAAAGAUUAAUGAAGAAGUUGCAGACGCGUGUAUAAAUAAUGUGGUGACUUAUUCUGAAAGCUCUUUGAUAGCUGUCGACACGCAAAGCAACGGCCACAGCUGCAUGAUCAACAACGGAGGGAUGGCAGCCUCUAAUGAUAACUUUCAUUUUCAGCGAGACAAAUUUCCUUCGGGUUCCAUCCGCUCCACCUUUUAUCCACGAAUCCCAGUGAUAUCAAGGAAUAACACACUGAGCAACGAUGGACUUAAAAAAGAGAAAACUGUCUCUGAAGCCAAGAUAAAUAACCUAUUUGACUCAUAUCGAGAUCCAGCAGAAGAGCAAAUUCUUACCGAGGGUAUAGAGCGGCUGUGUUCUGAUCUGCAUUUGUCCCCUGAUGAGUUCAAGGUGUUAGUUCUUGCAUGGAAACUCGAUGCGCAACAAAUGUGCAGGUUUACCCGGGAAGAAUUUGUAAAUGGUCUGAAGUCCUUACAUACAGACUCAAUCCGCGGCAUACAAGUCAAGCUACCUGAAAUAGUUAAUAUUCUUGCUCAAGAUGCUGAGCAGUUUAAGAGUUUAUACAGGUUCACGUUUAAGUUUGGUCUUGACGCAAAUCAGCGAAUAUUACCCUCUGACAUGGCAAUUUGUUUGUGGAAGUUAGUUUUCACAGUGAGAGAACCGCCUAUUUUAUCCAGAUGGUUGACAUUUUUAGAGUGUCAUCCACACAUACGAGGCAUUCCGCGUGACACAUGGAACAUGUUUCUCAACUUUGCUGAAUCAAUCGGAAAUGAUCUAUCCACUUACGAUGAUACAGAAGCCUGGCCAAGUAUAUUUGAUGAUUUUGUGGAGUUUGAAAAUGACAAAACUAAUCAAAAUGUUAGCAUAAUUAAUGCUAAAGAUAGUGUUUGCAAUUCGGACAUGAUCCCAAUGACUGAAUGACAAAGCUACUCUCAAUGGAUAUUUUUCAAUUUUUAUUUUUUUAAUCGGUUUAACUUUUGUACCUCAUAGUUUAUAUUAUCAGCUGUCAAUUCAAAGGCCGGAACAAAUUGUGUUGUUCAUUCGAGAAAUGUCUGCUUUUUUAUCUCCAGAUUGCAUUACUCACAGGUAUGACUCUUAUCCCUGUUUUUUUUUACUUUCUCCUUUUUUUUUAUAAAGAACCUUUUUUUUCCAUAAUUUUGAUACGUAUCUAUUGCAAAAGUGUUUGCAUACUUUGCAUCAUCAUUUUUAGAUCCUCCUUUUCACGUCUCCUUUUAUAAGGUCUCCAAUUGACUGGAAAACGAAAAAAGUCAUAUAACUUUACAAAAAAUUCAGGGAAUUCAUAAAAUCGGUAUUUUUUAUUUUUGUUCCAUUACGUACCGUUGUUUUCUGUAUCAUACUUAUUUCAAGCUUGCAAGAGGGUCCUAAAUUAUGUUUAAUGGUUGUGUUUUUGUGUAUUUGGUGAAAAGUUGUCCCCUUUGCAAAAUGUAGUCCAUUUGUAAUGGUCACCAAUUACCCAGCUCUAAAGAAAAAACCCCACUGUUCCAACUAUCAAACUUGGCGAGAGACUUUCCCUGAUUAACAUGUGAAGCAAGGUUUCUCUAUUAAAUUUUUUAUUCGUAUCAUUUAUUUAAAA